AUGCCACAAGCUGAUGGGUCUCUCGAGAAUAAAGGUGCAAAGAUUCAUUUAGUUGUUUUGGUCCAUGGAUUGUGGGGUAACCGGUCUCAUAUGAAUGAGAUAUGUAACUAUUUGUUAUCGUUGAAUGAUUCCAGCGCUGGCCACAAAUCUCUUAAUGAGAUGAUAGUUGUUCAUCAAACUCAUCUGAACGAGGGUUAUAAGACUUACGACGGAAUCGAUGUUUGUGGUAUAAGAGUCUCUAAAGAGAUCAAGGAUCAGAUUAACCAUUACGGAAGCGAUCAUGUAGUGAAAUUUUCGUUAAUUGGGUAUUCUCUAGGUGGGUUAAUCUGUAGAUAUGCGUUGGGUGUUUUGUACCAGGCGCAGACGUUCAAGAAGAACGAUAUAGAGCUUGUCAAUUUCAUCACUUUUUGCACCCCUCAUGUUGGGGUCUUAGCUCCCGGUAAUAACGUAGCAGUGAACCUAUUUAACAUUAUCGUUCCAUUAGUGUUGGGGAAUAGUGGGAAACAGAUGUUCUUAAAAGAUAAAUAUAAUGGUUAUCCUUUGUUAUACGUGAUGAGUUCACCAAGUUCGGUAUUUUAUAAAGCGCUGAAACAAUUCAAAUACAGAGCCUUAUAUGCAAAUAUUAUUAACGACAAGAGAACCGCGUGGUGGACUUCGGGUAUCUCAAAAAAUGACCCAUUCUUCGAUGUCAAUGAAAGGAACGGCCUUGGAAGGUUCCAAUUUGUUCAAGGAUAUGAGCCCGUGAUCUUGAAUCAUAACUCACCUUUGUUCAUCGCACCUGUUGCCGAUGAAAUGGAUUCAUCUUAUGACGAAUUGGAAGAGUUACGAAAGGAAAACGAAAUAGAUCCACAGGACUAUUAUUUCUUGAAUUACUGGUUCAGUAAGAUGUUACGGUGGAUUGCUGUCUUUAUUAACUUAAUCAUCAUUACCCCACUUUGGUUUAUCUGGUUUAUCAUAUCUGGUAUAAUGGAAACUUGUAAAUCUACCGUUAGGGCCACUACAUUUGCAAGGAAAUAUUCCAUGUAUUUUAUAACCGAAGUGCUUGAUAUUUCAACCGACAGGACUGAGUCCAACGACGAUACGUUUUCCAUAUCAUCACCCACUUUGUUUGAGCCAGCCGAAAGUAACUACGAACUUCGAAUCGAACACUCUUUGACCGAUCAGAGAGAUAAUUUAAUUGAAAGUUUGUUCGACGCAAUUGAAAGGAAAGAAACGCGAACUGCAACGGUAGAAAACAUCAACGAUAAGGAUAGCAUCUAUGAACAUGAUCCGAAAGUAGACGUGACAAUAAGGGAGUUGGAACAGUAUUCAGUAGAAGAGCUCAUCUCGAUGAAAAAACCAAACGUUUCCAGUGAUAAUUUCAACGAUGAGGGCGAGCUGUUCAAAUUGCUUUCAAACUUUAGCUUGAACAUCAGCAAGAACCAAUUGGAUAUUAUCGAAUCCUUGAAUAAACUCUCUUGGUCCAAAUUCCCUAUCUAUAUUCGCAAAACACCAAGCACACACGCUGCAUCGAUUAUCAGACAUGCUGACCCUAAUUUUGUCGAGGGUCAUAUAGUUUUGCAACAUUUCGUGGACAAUGUAUUUCAACUUGCAUAA